UUACGUAGCUUCCGGUUUAGACAUGGCUGCGCCCUGACAAAUGUCACACCGUGUGUUUGGCUAGAAAACAUUAACUGAAUUUCAUUGUUCUAUCGACUAUUAAGCGAAACAACGAAAGGGAGGAAUUGAGACCGUUACAUUUGCUUCAUACCACGUCUUAAGAGGUAUUACAUUUAUUUUCUCCUCAGAAGCGAAGGUCAGAAGUUUUUGGCAUCAGCUGGACUGCCGUUUGCUAUGGUGAAUCACCGGACAUCAUGGUUCAUUUAUCAUCCCUCCUCCUGAAAAAAUACCACAGCGGCUAUGUUGUCAUCCGACUCGCUCUCGCUGGGCACCAGCAAGCCAACCGACCCUUUUAUCGGAUUGUUGCAGCUUACAACAAGAGAGCAAGGGAUGGCAAGUACAUCGAGCAGCUGGGUACCUUUGACCCCCUUCCUAACAUCUACAACGAGAAGCUUGUCAGUUUCAACUUUGACAGGAUCAAGUACUGGAUCGGCUGCGGUGCGCAUCCAACCAAACCGGUGGCCAAACUUCUAGGAUUGGCUGGGUUCUUUCCCCUCCACCCCAUGACAGUAACAGAGGCAGAGCGUCGAAGAGCUCAGGCCAAGCUGGCGGAGGCUGCGGCGGAAACGGAGGACUCUCAGGAAGAAGCGAAAGUCUGAUUGGAUCCAAAUGAAGCUGCUGAUGUUUUAAUAGAGAACUUGUGCUUUCUUUCUUCCCCUCACACAGCAACUGAUGUAACAUCUUGUAAACAACAUUUACAAAAAUAUGAAUAACUGAUAAUAUGAGGUGAUUGAGGAUCGCCAAAAGAUGUUUUGUUUGUGGAAAAGUUGCAGAUACUUGCAGAUAAAGGUUUGUGCAAAAGCUGGAACAAUUCUAUAUGUUUUUGUUUAUAAACCUUUUUUCAUUUUUUUUUUUGGCUUGUACGUUGAAGUCAAUACUUGGAAACACAGAUCUUUGGAUUGUGUUUGUUACCCUCCAUGAAUGUAUUGCUUGUUGAUGUUUUUAAAUAACAGCUUAAGCUAAAUGUUUUUUUUUGGGGUGUUGUAUGAUUUUUUAAGACAUUUGGGUCCAUUUGUCUUUACAUUUUUUUGAUUAGUUAAUGUUUGCUGACAUUUCUUUAUACAAAAACCUCAUCAAAGUUUUGGUGAAAAGAAAUAUUUGUGUCUCUUUUGUAUGCAAGUUCAGGGGUCUGAUUUAUCAAAGUUUUGUUGCAAGCAACAAGUUCUGCAAUGUAUGUACGCCAAUUUCCAUACAAAAAUUAUGAUCUAUCGAAAUGCAA